GACCGCCAAAUUCACACUACUCCCUGAUCUUCUAGCCACCUCAUCCCUUUGAAACGCCAAUCAACCUCCACUCCGCUGAUCGGACAUACCUCGAGUUUCCUUCCCUUUCACCGCCCAAUAACACCCGGGGGGAAAAGAGAAAACUCACGACCCCCGACCUCCAGCACCACAACCACAACCACCACCACCCACCCCCAAAUUAAACAAGCACAAUGGCCGGAGGCGCCGCGAAAUACCGCCACCUGAGCCGCAAGUCGUCGCAUCGACAAGCGCUGCUCCGCAACCUGGUGACAUCGCUCUUCAAGCACGAGUCGAUCACGACCACAUGGGCCAAGGCCAAGGAAGCGCAACGCCUAGCGGAGAAGCUGAUCACGCUGGGCAAGAAGAACACGGCGGCGAGUCGACAAACUGCGCUGGCGACUUUCUACACCCCCCACGAAAUCCUCCCCAAACUCUUCGGCCCACUGCGUACCCGCUACGCGAACCGACCGGGCGGGUACACGCGGGUGUUGCGCGUGGAGCCCAAGAAGGACGAUGCAGCGGAGAGCGCUGUCCUGGAGCUGGUCGACGGGCCCAAGGACAUGCGGUUUGCGAUGACGGCGCGCACGAUCGCGCGCCAGCGGGCCCAGGGUUUCGACACCCUGAAUGAGAUCACCACGCAGAACGUCCGCAAGGUCACGCGGUUCCGGGAGAAUGGCGUCAAGGUCCUGGAGAAGGCGAUUCGGCAGUUGAAGCUUAGUGGGCAUGGCGCUGAGGGGGCCGAGGCCGGCGCCGCGCCCGGGGCUGGGGCUACCGCUAAGGGUCGGAGUGGUGGAGGUGUUAGUAUCAAGAGUAUUGUGGAGAAGAACAAGAAGAAGGGUAAGAAGACGGCUUAAGGGAUUUUCUCUUUGAAUGUGAAGAAUCGAGGAAUCUAGGAGGGGGCUCGAUGGGGAGGAAGAAGAAGAAGAAGAAGAAGAGAACAGUGAGUUUUUUCUGAUGGGAACUUGGAAGUCAUCGGCAGCGACAUGUUGGUCCGCUUUUUUUUUAUCUGGUUGUUAUAUUUUCUUUUCCCUUUUCUGUACCUUAUAUCAUAUCAUUACCUAGGUUGUUUCUCUGUGCAGCUCUUCCU